UCGGCAGAAGUGAGAAGUCUGAAAAGCGACAAAAUUUUAAUUUUUUUCUGUCAUACAGUUGAAAAUAUUUUGAUUUAUGUAUGCACAGUGCAAAGUUAAUUAUUUUGUGUCAAAUAUGUUUAUUUGAAAUUCAACAUAACCAGUUUAUUAAAUAAAAUUAAAUGGCGUUUUUGUGUCCUGUGCGAAUAAGACGGGGAAAGAAAAAGAAAUCAAGUAGUGAUGAUUCUGACAAGGACCUUUCGAGACCAGGAUCAGGUUUGAGUCCUGGCAUGGGUCGUAUAACUGGUUCUGCCAGCAUUGAGACUUUAGUAAGAGUUGGGAUUGAAAAAGAACAUGGACUCAGUCCUGACUCAAAAAUGGUAGUUCUUCAUGAUUUUGCACCAUGUGUUGAUGAUGAACUGGAGGUCAAGAGAGGACAAAUAGUGAAUGUAUUGUACAGAGAAAAUGAUUGGGUGUAUGUGAUAGUAGCAGAAUCUCGACGGGAGGGUUUUAUUCCACAUUCCUACUGUGCACCAUGUGAACAUCAUGAUUUGAAGAAAAAACUACCAAGAAGUCGUUCCCCUACUGAUUUAGCACACAGAGAUGUGUCACAGCUAUCUCUAUCGGAUGGUGCAACAAAUGAUGGUCACUCAGAACUAGGAAGUGAAGGUGAAGCAUGUCCAUUUAGCAAAGACCCCUCCGGUAGAUAUGUUGUCCUCUACACAUUUACCGCACGGGACGAAAAUGAUGUUGAUGUGGAAAGGGGAGAAUUUGUUACAGUUCUUAAUAGAGAAGACCCUGAUUGGUACUGGAUAGUAAGGAGUGAUGGACAAGAAGGUUUUAUACCCUCGGGCUUUGUGUACCCAGCAGUAGUUCAAGCGACGCCACAGGACCAAGGAAAUAUUCACACAUUGCCGCAGCAACAUAAACUGAACACAUUAAUGUUAAGCAAUAGCAAAAAUAUAAGCAACCUCCCGCAACAGGACAAUGACGGCCGAUACCACGGAACUGAACUAGUCAUGUUGUAUGACUACAAGGCGCAGGCCCCUGACGACCUGUCGGUGAAGCGCGGUGAGUGGGUGUACGCUGACCUGACGCAGCAGACCGUGGAGGGCUGGCUGUGGGCCCACGCGCCCAAGUCCCGGCGCUCCGGCUUCAUCCCCACGGCCUACGCCCGCGCGCCUCACACCACCUCACUCUAGACUGAACACCUUUACUGAGGCCGGCGAGACCGGAUAAAUAAUGUAAACAAACAGACCCUUACCAUAAUACAUUACGUGUAUUGUGUCGUUACUGACUUACAUUGCUAUAGCGAGCGAUUAUUAUCUCUUACCCUAGCUUAUAAAAAACAAUAUUAAACAAUUAAAGUAUUAAAAGAUGCAACUUCGGUAGCUAGAGGUUCCAAAUUUAACAUAAACACUAUUGGCAAAGGCCUUCUACAGUUCCAGAGCAACCCUGGUCGAAUAUUGGCCUAAUAUUUGAGAUAUUUCAUCUUCCCAUCUUUUUGGUAGCCGUCUUCUGAGCCGUUUGUCUUCUUUUGGGUACCAGAGAGUAACCUGCUUGACCAUUUUUCUAGGUUGCAGUGCAGCAAAUGACCUGUUCAUCUCCAUUUUUGCUGAUCAAUCCGCGUUAGGAUGUCUUUUGUUUUUUGUCGUAUGAAUGUAUAAUGUCCUUAGUUUUAAACCCAACAUGCUCCUUUGCAUUGCCCGUUGACACACUGCAAGUUUCUCUCUGUGUUGUUGGGUCAGAGCCCAGGUUUCACAGCCAUAAGUUGUGCAUGGUAGGAUGCACGUGUUGUAGGUCUUUGUUUUGAUGUUUAUGCUUAGGUCUUCGCUUUUUAAAAUCUCCUUUAGUAUUCCGUAUUGACUUAGUUUUAUUUUAUUAUCAAUCCGUUACUGUUAGUGUUAUUGUGAUUAUUUGAAUUUUAAUUAUUUAAUCACUGCCUGACAGCUCUAGACAACCUUUGUAAUAUAUAAAGUAUUUUCAAUAUUUAAAGAUAUCUAUGAAAAUGUUUAGAAUCCCUGAAUCAUUGUUUACAUUCCUUAUCUCGUCUGGUUGGCCUUACUACACAACGUUACACUAUCAUACAAUUUAUUUAUCAAAAUGGUCGCCAUUUUGUGACGUCACACUGACAUCAGGUCCAGGUAGACAAAAAAAUCACGACGAUGACGUAACACAGACGGAAAUAUCAUUAGAGCAACGCCUCGUUCGCUUUCAAUUUAUAUUCAAUUGCAUGGGAUAUACUUUACAUAAUUUUUACAUCUAGAUAAAGUCUCAUGCUUUUAGACAACCGAAAAAUACAGGCCAGACUUAAUACUUUGGUGUGCGCGACAAACUACGUCUUACACUCACGAUUUGUAUGACACUUUGUGUAAGUGUGGGUGCAUUUCUCAGCUCAAAAUAUUUGUUUCUGGUUUAAAAAAAACAAAACUUGUAUCAAUCUUUAGCACGGAUCACUUCCAUUAAAAUUAGUAAACAAAUACUCUAAGCUUGGUGGUCUACUUCUACACGAGAUUGGUAUUCUUGUGGUAUACCUUCCACAAUAGUACGAAGAAUAGAAUAGAACAGCAAGAGACUAUCUAGACGUAUAAAUUGUUAGAUUUUACCUUAAAACGACAUGUUUCAACAUUUGAACAAUUUCAUUCUAAAUAAAACACUUUUUAAAGGAUUAAACGCGUGUACUUGCUACUGUGUUCUUAAAUUAUUUUUACAUCAAAAGUUACAUCUUUAUUAUUAAUGUAACUCGACGUUUCGUAUCCUUUCCAGAGCAAAAACGAAUUUAUUUAUACUUUAAUAAAACGGCGUGAACCAAUUACAAUAUUAAAGUAAGUAAUUAAUUACAAAUUAAAAGCUAAACCUAUUACACAAAUAAUAGUUGUUAAAUACAAAGUUUACUGUAAUUAACUAACAACCAAUAAAUAUCCAAACACCGUUCAUCCAUUUGAAUGUAUUUUACACAGUUUAAAUAAUAAAAAAGUGAUUUAUUUAGAUGUGUGCGUUUAUCAAAGAAAAUUUCAAUCUACCCACAAUGUGUAAGCCACAGAGGCAUGCUGUGUUAUGGUAUAAAGGUUGUUGUAGUGUAGUGUCAUGACUCAAUUCCAGCACUCACUGUGUCUUUUAACAACAGGUGGGCUGGGUACAUUACAUAAUUAUUCCCAUAAAGAAUCUCCAUAGUAGAUUGAUUACAAAGGGUUAAAAAUCUUGCGAUUAUAAAAAUAUGCCUUUUAAAAAAAGGCUUGGGUUAGGUUAGAUAGAUAUGAAUCUCAUAUAUUUUAUAAGCAAUGAAUUUAAUAUUACAUAGUUAAUAAUUAUCUUUUAAUUUGUACAAAUCCAGAGUUAUUAAUAUGUUAUGGUCUUACGGAUAUUUUUAUGUCAUUAUGAAGAAGUCAAAAUAUUCUUGCCAUUAUUUUUAUGGUGAUAGGUUAGUGGCUCCUAACUUGGCAUGUUUGGUAUUUGGCACUAUGGCUGAGUUGCAUCAUUUUAGUUGUUAUAGUUAAGGUUUAAGUAAAAGUUAACGUUAACAGUAACGUUGACUUUAACAUAGACUGCGGAAUGUGUUGUAUAGUUGUUGGCAUAGUUAAAGUUAAAAACUUAAAUAUCACGUCAAUAUCGAAUUUUUAUUUGAAUCUUUUGACAGGUCGCUAAUUAUCUAUUUAACAUUAACAAUAGGUUUAACCGGCGAAGAUUGGAUGGUUACGAUUAACAGUUACUUAUGACGUCAUCUAAAAAUUUUCAAAUUGUGCAACACAUAUUUUGCUUAACCGGCACUUUGGCAUGUUUGUUAUUGCUAAAGUUACUUGAUGCAAUGCGUGUGUAGCUAUUUAUUUAUAACAAAAAAGCAUUUAUCUUUUUUCUCAAUAGGUCAGUGACGUGAGUCUACUCUUUUCAUGAUGUACGAUAUUUGAAAUUUGUGAAUAUUCGAAAUAUGAUUUAAAUUGAUAUUCUCGAUGUUUACAAUAUAUUAUUGAGCCUUAUACUAAGUACUAAACAGCGCAAUGUAAGGUAAAAAAUAGCAAUUGUAACUUAAUUGAUUUAUUUACAAUGUUACAUGGCACUUAGAUUACUUCUUGCAGAGUAUUUUUACCACUUACACAUUGGCCAAUGCGGCUUCAAUCUUAUUUGUGUGUAUAUCCAUAGUGUCUGUUUAAAAGAAAAUUAACUAACGAAUGCCUUAAUUUUUUUUAAAUUCAUUCCCGAUCUAUAGGAAGGCAGUCACUAUGAGUCUUUUCUGCGCAAAGGGAGCAGUGUUUAAACCACGCUACUCGAACAAAACAAACACAUUUCCGAGUUCAUAGUUAAUACUACAAAUUCCUUUUGGAAUAAAAAAAAUAUGCUAAAUGGGUACGCGAACUCAGAUUAUGUGAAAGGCUGAAAUAGGUACACUGAUCUAGUGUAAUGGCAUGAAUUUGAACUUGAAGAGUACUUCAGACCGAUUCUUAAUGGUCAUGAAGAUAGGUAACUAACUCUAUUUAAUUAAUAUUAAUGCGAUGGUGAGGCCAUAAUGUUUAGUUACGUUGUUUAAGUCUUCCAAUUAUAGUGUUAGUGCAAUUGAAAAUCGCGUUUAUUAUUGUAAAAUAUUUUUCCAAAUUGGACUGAUUCGAUAUUAUGCUUUACUUUUAUACUUUGUUUAUAUUUUUAAUGAAUAAAAGUUUUUUAUCAA